CGGGCGCCGCGGCGGAGGCCCGAAGAUCUGCCAUCUCCAGUGAAUACUUUGUUACAGACUCGAGGGCCACUGAAUUAUUGCUCCCAUUAAUGUUGAGGAAAAAAAAUUGGAAUACAGAACACAUAUACUUUCCAGGAGAGAGUCCACUUCAGUUCAGAAGAACAGGUCUUAGGACAGUGGGGGCAGCUGCUUCCCUCUCUGAGGCAUGGCUCAGGUGUGGAGAAGGAUUUCAGGACACUUAUAUGAGUCAGUCAUUAAUAACUAAAAGGAAGACUGCUACAGGAAAGCACCUUGAAUUAUCCCCUAAACCCAAGAAAGAAGCUACCACAUCCAAGAGUACUAAUGAUCUUACAGACAUAACAUGGAGUUCCAGUGGGAGUGAUCUAUCAGAUGAAGAAAAAACACUUUGUAAAUCACAGACAGAGAAUGAAAAUGAUUCUAGAAUAGACAGGUUUUGUAAAAGUAAUAUUUUAUUUACAGAAGAUGGGGUCAGAGAAGAUGAACUGCAGUUUAUUGACUGGGAGAUUGACAGUGAUAAAGAAGAUGCUAGUGAAUGUUACACAUUUGCAGACAGUGAAAGUGUGGAAAUUUCAGAUUGUGCUUCUUGUGCAAGCAGUCAGUCUUUGGCAAGUGAGGAGAAGCUGUCCGAACUUCAUAAGACAAGGUCUACAGAAAUUUUGGAGUAUUCUUCAGAUAGUGAAAGAGAAGAUGGCUCAAAGAAUGUCUUUUUCACUGAUUCAGAAUCCUCUCACAAAUAUCAUAUGGAUUUUGGAUCAGAUAGAAGACAGUUUAUGGAAAGACUGAUAAAUCCAAGAGUGAACCCUACAGAGUCCACUUUGUGUACACCCCAGAAACAGACAAAAUUUCACAGGACUCUAGAAAAUUCAGCAAAAAAGAGGAAACUUUUAAGAGGCGGGCUAGCCGAAAGAAUAUAUGGGCUGCAGAAUCGUGAGAGAUCUGCUAUUUCUAUGUGGAAAUGCCAGUGUUCUUCUUCCCAAAAGACACCUUCAGGCAGAAAAUCUGGUUUAUUAAUGGUGAGAAUUCUUGAGCUGCACGAAGAAUGCUCUAUCCAAGUUGCCAUGUGUGAGCAGUUAGUGGAGCUACAGACUGACAGCUCUUCCCAAUGUGAGGCCCCCAGAACUGGCCUGAAGGUGCUUUUCACCAAGGAGACAGCAGGCUACCUCAGGGGCCAUCCUCAAGACAUCAUCCAUAUUUACCCUCCCUGGCAGAAGCUUAUUAUACCAAAUGAAAGUUAUCCUGUUAUCCUGAAUACUUACUUUUGUAAGAAAGUUGUUGCCAAAGAACAUUCAAAAACAACACAUGAAAUGCGCUGUUGGGGCGCACCCCUUCAAAGAAGAAAUAUCACUUUGGCCCAGAUGUUUAGAUUCAAGAGUCUAAUGAAUGAUUCACUUGAAAGCCAGGUUAUGUGUAGUGGGCUCACCAUCAUGGGGAAAGACUGGACCCACAGGCACAGAGAAGCAAAACAACACUUCCCAGCCCAACCUCCCCUGAGGGACUCUCUCCUGGAUGCAGUAGAGAUGCAGGGAGCUGGCACAUGGUCAGGAGUUGGAGUGCGAGUGGUGGUGCAGAGAGUUUACUCUCUUCCUUACAGGUGUCAAAUGGGAGGUGGCUCAAUUGCUCCACUCAGCUCAGAACCAGCUAAAGUUCGGGUCUGCCUUCUGGUGCAAGAUGCCUGUGGAAUGUUCAGUGAAGUCCACACAGAGGACACUGUCUUGAAAGACAAACAGUUGGAAGGGAAGUCCUGCAGCCUGACAGGAAUGAAGGUUCUACAAAAGGCCACAAGAGGAAGGUCAGCAGGGCUAUUCAGUUUAAUUGACACCAUGUGGCCUCCAGCAGUGGCUCUGGAAACUGCUGGCUCCAGCCCAUCCUGUGGGGAGGUAAAAACUCAUCUACCCCUUCCUAGCUUUUGUUAUAUACUCACUGCUCAUCCAAAUCUGGGAAAUAUUGACAUAAUUGAAGACCCCAUUUCUAAGCUUUACCAACCUCCGAUUCCCCGCCUCUUAAGAGAAAUUCUCCAGACUGCUGAUCUCAGUACCCGUUGCAGUUUCUAUGCCAGAGUGAUUUAUCAAAGAUCGAAGCUAAACAGUUUGCUUCUUGCGGAGCAAAGGGAGAUUUGGCUGAUAGUAACUGAUGUCACCCUGCAAAUGCAGAAUGAGGAUAAAGUUAACCUCCCCAAAACCAUGCUGGUCUGUGUGUCCUCCUCAUGUGUACUGAGCCCAGAAGUCCAGGAAGCACUUUCUGAGGCCACCUCUCACAGCUUUCUCUUCAGGGACACGCUCCGAGACCAGGGUCGGAUUGUUUGUGUUGAACGUACUGUCCUCUUGCUACUAGAGUCCCAUUUGGGUAUGGCCUCUCGUGCCAGCUCCUGUGAACUGACCAACUCUGUGAGGCUUGAUGAACUGAAUCCUUUCACUCAGGACAACUCCAUUUGCAGUGUUCGAGGGACUGUAGUUGGCGUGGAUGAGAGCACUGCUUUCUCGUGGCCUACAUGUGACCUGUGUGGCAAUGGAAGAUUGGAGCAGAGACCAGAAGACAGUGGCACUUUUUUCUGUGGGAAUUGCUCCCGUGUGGUCACCUCCCCUCUUCUCAGAAGGCACCUGCAGGUUUUCCUGGACUGCCCCUCUCGACCGCAGUGCACUGUGAGGGUUAAGCUGUUACAGAGCAGUAUUUCUUCACUCCUGAGGUUUGCCGCCUGCGAGGAUGGGACUUAUGAAGUAAAGAGUAUCCUCGGAACAGAGGUGGAGUUCUUAAAUUGUUUUGUCCAGUCCAUAACUACCCACCCUGCUAGCUGUGCUGGACUGGAGGAAAUCGAGCUUCUGAGAGCAGGAAGAGCCUGUGUGGAACACCGCCCAUUGCCGUAGGGACUCUGUGACGUGGCUGCUGGGGUGGUGGUGGUGGUGUACCCUUUGGGGUAGUUAUUUGUUAACUAUAGCAGAGUGAAUGUAGUUUAUGAUCUUGAAAUGGAACUUAGAUUUUUCUGGGGCAAAUGUUAGUAACAGGGCUUUGUAAACUAUAAAUCAAAAUACCUUUUUCUAGGUUCUGUAUUUUUUAUUCUUUCUGCAACUUUAGGAACACGGUAUUAAAGCCUAAAUAAGCUUGAAGUCCCUUCAUAUUGUAUUUAUUUUAAACAACAAGAUUAAUAUAGCAGAAAGAAAUCUUGAUUGUAAAGUGUUUAAAAUUUUGCCAUGAUUUAACAUGUUUUUCUUAUAGUAUGUUUUUAACUUUCUCCCCAAAGCUUAAACCUUUAUCCUAUUUUGUGAUGUUACUGUUCUGCUACAAUAAAUGUCCAUCUAAGUGCUUUGCUUUGCAGUUCGGUG